GGCUCUUUCUCGUCUCACCACCAUUUCGAUCUCAUUUAUUUUUCAAUCUACCUACCUACCUACUAGCUAGAUCCUUGUCAUAAUAAGCAACUUAGCUAGCUACUAGUAUCAUAUAUCUGCACCAUGGACCCCUCCACUGAAGCAACUACUGAAGAAGCGGCCAAAGCUACAGCUGAUCCCAAGAAGGAGGAAGAUCCAAGCAAGUCAUCAGCUCCAGAAACUACUACUGAAAAAGACCAGAAAACCAAGAAUGCAGCUGCCAAGACUGCUGAAGCUACCAGUGAUUCCAACGAGAAGGAGUUUGGAAUCUCUGUCUAUCUGUCUCCUGAUCAUGUUGGUUUUUCGGCGGUCCUCAAGGCUCGAUAUUCCGAUUUUGUGGUGCAUGAAGUUGGUUGGGAUGGAGCACUAGCUACUCUUAGUAGUGCCAACAACAAUAAUAAUGAUAAUGAUGGUCAAGAUCCAGAAGACAAACCACAAAAUCCAAACACGGAAACUCAAAAUGACAAAUCUGACAAAACUGAUAAAAAGAGAAAACGAGAGGAGCAAGAUUCCUCCAACACAACAAAAGCAGAAGAAGAAGAAAAUGGAGCUGCCAACAGCAAGAGUCAAAAGACUGACGACCAAAAAUCGCCUGGCAAUGACAAUGACAAAACCACCAAAGAGGAGACUCCUUGGGAGAAUCUACAAACUGAAUUUGCCAAAAUUGUGGGACCAAAAGAAGCACAGACGGUCUUGGAUUUUCUCAAACAGGAUGCCACAGCUGAGAAACAACAACAAGAGGAGGAAACUAAAGCAAAAUUAUUUGUAGCACUCCCUCCCAUUGCUGACAAGGACACACGACGACAAGUCCAUCAAUGGAUCAAAUCCUCGGCCAUUCAUGCCAUUGCCACGGCCGAUACAGCCGAUGACGACCAGGGAAACAAGGUCAUUCGAUUCUGGCCGCUACGACACGAAACCAAAAUGCCCAAUCACGGACAAUUUCAUCGAUCCAAAGGACGCAAUAGCAAACACAGCAAUAACAACAAAGUCAAGAAACAAAAGGCGCCUCCGGGAUCACCCUAUCUCCAAUUUGUACUCUACAAGGAAAACUGCGAUACCCACACGGCCAUUAAACAAAUCACACAACGCAUGAGCACUGGUGGACGAGGAGGAAGAGGUCGCGGUCGUGGAGGACGUGGCAAUGAUCGCGUUCGAGUCGGAUAUUCUGGAAUGAAAGACAAACGUGGUGUUACCACCCAAUUCUGUACGCUGCAGCAUCGAAGUCCUCAUGAAAUUGACUGGGUCAACUAUCAAAGUAGUCGUGGAGGUGGUCAUACCAGCAGGGGCGGAGUGGCAUUGGUCCGUGUGGGAAGCUAUCGUUACGUGUCGGAUGAACUCCGAUUGGGACGGCUCAAAGGCAAUCGAUUCGAUGUCGUGCUGCGCAAUGUGCAAAUUGAUGACGAAGCCAGCAUGAUGGUGACGGACACUACCAAAUUCGAAGCGACCAAGAAGAUUGUUACCACUGCGGCCGACAAUCUCCGAAAUCACGGAUUCAUCAACUACUUUGGGAUGCAACGAUUUGGAAAGUUUCACGACACUCAUUUGGCUGGUGUCGCAUUGCUACAGGGAGAUUUCCAACAGAUUGUGCAUUGCAUAAUGAGACCCAAGAAUGGAGAAGCACCGCGUGUACUGGAAGCACGACAAAAGUGGCAACAGCGCUUUGAUGCUCUGAAAGAUGAUGCCACUGAUGGAGAACGGGCUCAAGUCGAAUCGAGUUGUGCCAAAUCGAUUCUUCGAUCGUUUGGGAGAUUCAUGGCCAGUGAAGUGGCCGUUCUGGAAUCGCUGGCACGAAAUCCACUCGACUACAAACGAGCAUUUUCGUGCAUUGGAAAGACGAUGCGCAUGAUGUUCUUGCAUGCCGUUCAAAGCUUCCUCUGGAACAAGGUGGCUUCCUAUCGCAUUGAAACGAUGGGACGAUUAUCCGUCCUGGUCGGUGAUGUAGUCUAUGCCAAUGACGACAAGACAGCACCCGAGAGAAACAAUACUGCUUCGAAACAGCCCACGGCAGUCAAGGUUGUCACCCAGGAGGACGUCGAUGCCAACAAGUACACCAUGGAAGACUUGAUCCUCCCAUUGCUUGGAACCAAAAGCGUCAAGCCAACCAACGAAUCGAGCAAACUCUUCGACUCGAUCUUGGCGGAGAAUGGGUUGACGAUGGAAAUGUUUCACAAGAUCCAAGACAGAGACUUGGCCAGUUGUCCAGGAGACUAUCGAAAGCUGAUUUGUCGUCCUACAGAUGUGGAUGUGCAAGUGGUGCAAUACAGGGAUCCCGUGCAACCGUUGCUCCAGACGGAUUUGAUGAAACUCAACAAUAUUCCCAUCAAACUGGCAUCAUCAGCGUCAGCAGCUGCAGCAGCAGAUGCCCCACCCCCUUUGCUAGGAGUGGUGGUAGGCUUCACGUUACCCUCGUCUGCCUAUGCGACCAUUGCCCUACGAGAACUCAUGAAGAAGCCCACGUCCAGCGAGUACCAAAAAGAGCUAGGGCUCGGCGGUACGGCUCCACCCGCUUCGGCAGACAACGGUGAACCGGCACUAGCAGCAAGCAAGAACACGGAAUAGACAGGCACGUUGAGCCACCGCUUUCCAGGGCGCGAAAGUUAUCAAGUGGCAGUAACCAAAGACGAUUAAAGUUGUUUGUGGUAUCCCAAUGAUUCCGGUCUAUGCUCUUGUCUCCUCGGGGGGCAGAAUACGGCGGGUGGGCAAAAACUCAAAAGCGAAAAAGGCGGGACAACUAGCUAGCUACGAUUGAAUCUAUAGAUGUUCCGCCACAUUGGAGCGAGUCAAGCAGAUCCCCCCCCCCCCCGAGUUUGGAACCACUAUUGUGAUGAAUCAAUCCAAGGACACCGGAGGAUGUAGCUAUAUGUAGUUAAUGUAAGCCAUGCUAGGUUCUCUUUCUUUAC